AUGUCUGCUGCUGCCGCACACGACGCUGCUUGCAUCUUCUGCAAAAUCAUCAAAGGUGAGAUCCCUUCUUUCAAGUUAAUCGAGACCCAGUACUCGUACUCAUUCCUCGACAUCCAACCAACCACCGAGAACCACAUUCUCAUCAUUCCAAAGUACCAUGGUGGUAAGUUGCACAACAUCCCAGACGAGUACCUUGCAGACCUCCUACCUGUAACCAAGAAACUCGUGAAAUUGAUUGGCAUUGACAAGGACGGCCCAGAGGGCGCGGGCUACAACGUCCUCCAGAACAACGGUAGAAUUGCACACCAAGAAGUUGAUCACGUGCACUUCCAUCUAAUCCCAAAGACCGAUGCAAAGACAGGUUUGAUUGUGGGAUGGCCAGCGCAACAGUCCGAUUUCAACAAAUUGGGCGAGCAGCACAAGAAAUUGUUAGCUAAGCUAGAGGGCUGA